AUGUACCGCUCAACCAAAGGAGCAUCCAAGGCUCGACGGGACCAGAUCAACGCUGAGAUCCGGCACCUGAAGGACUUGUUGCCCAUUUCCGAGGCAGAUAAAGCGCGACUGUCAUACCUGCACAUCAUGUCUCUUGCCUGCAUGUACACCAGGAAAUCCGUCUUCUUCAAUCAAGAGGCGGGAAGUGCUGCUGGUGUUGAGGAGGGCGCAAGGUUCCUGUCUUUCCAAGAGCUGUCCGAGUUGAUGCAGGCUCUACCUGGUUUUCUGAUGCUGGUGACGGGGGAAGGGAAGCUCCUGUACCUGUCAGACAGCGUCUCUGAGCACCUCGGACACUCCAUGGUGGAUCUUGUGGCACAGGGGGACAGUGUGUAUGAUAUUAUCGACGCCUCAGACCACUUUAUCAUGAGGAGCAACCUGUCAGCCUCCACAUCAGUCGAAAUGGAUCGUCUCUUUCGCUGCCGUUUCAACACCUCCAAGUCUGUGCGGAGGCAGAGUGCUGGGAACAAGCUGGUCCUGAUCCGAGCUCGCUGCCUCUCUCCUCCCUCCAGUUCUCCUGCCACUGGCUCCUACUGGACCUCCAACCCAGUCUGGGUGUGUUUCUGCUCCCCUUUGGAGCCUCACCCAACCCGCUCGGGCUCUGGGGCAGAAAGGGAGUCAACCUCCAACCCUCCUUUGGCUGACAGCAACCUGUUCCUGGCAUGUUUCUACUCCCAGCACAGCCGGGACAUGAGGGUUCAGGCUGCACAGGACAGUGUGAGCGCAUAUCUCGGCUUUGAUGUGACAGCUUUACGCUCGCGCUCCUGGUACAGCCUCCUCCACCCACAGGAUCUGUCACAUGCCUCCGCUCAGCACCGCAGCCUAUUGAGAGAGGGAGGAGAGGGUAGAGCAGAGAUGGUGGUGCGUGUGCAGGCUGUGGACCAGUCCUGGGUUUGGAUCUACAUGGUGCUUCAGCUGCAGCCAGGAGAAAUCCCCAUCAGCAGCAACAACUACAUCAUCAGCGAGUCAGAGGCCUGGUCAGUGCGUCAGCAGCUCAGCUCAGAGCAGAACCAGCUGACCCUGGUUCUGAGUACUGGUACAUCUCAACCGGAGGGUCUGAGCCUCCAGUCUCCAGACACCCUGUCCAGCCCAGACCAGGUCUUCACCCCUGGCAGCAGUGGCCUCUCUGCCCAAUCCUUCGACUUCAGCACUGCCGGCUGCAGCGUGGGCUCCUCCGAUGAACCCCGGAGCUCUUCUGUCGAAGCCAUGCAGAUAGAGGGAGAUCCCCGCUCCAGCAUCUCCUCUCUGGAGGAGGAGAGCUUCUUUCAGCAGCACCCAACAGAAAACCCCUCUGCUGCCUCCUCCCCGACCCCGGUCACAGUUGAGACAGUAGCUGACUUAGACUUUUUAACCCAGAACAUCCUCCUGCCGCCCUCCUUCCAGCUCGACCCUCCCUUGCCAAGUCUACCCUUGCCCCUGCCUCCAGUCCCAGCCCCACAAGGUCAACAGAACAAAGAGUUUGUGUGCACACCCCCCUACACCCCCCUUGUUGGAGGGCCUGCCUUCCCAUUUGGUGAACCCCUCUUCAGCUUCGACCCCACUGGUACCACCACUCCUCCUCCUUCUGCUACAACAGCCAGUGCCACCACCUCAAUGGCCCCAUCAGCUUCUCCCUCAGCUCCUCCAACCACUGCCUCCAGCCCUGCUCCCCCUAACACCCUGUCUGCUAAACUCCCCCUUGCUCUCCCGAUUUCUUCCACUGACUUCUUGUUCCCCAUCGAGUCCUGCAGUGGCUCUUUGUAUGAGAAACUGCCCCCAACCCCUGACAGCCCUGGAGAUGGCGACUGCACAGUGAUGACCCUGCCUGAGGUCCGGGGUCCCCUCUAUGUAGAUGUACCACUUGGGCCCCUCCAGUGUCCCCCUGAGGGUCUUCUUACCCCUGAGGCUUCCCCUGGUAAACAGCCAUGCCUCUCCUUCUUCUCCCUGGAGAGAGAGCGGGAGAAGGAGCGGGCGGAGAUCUCUCUCCUCGCUCAACACAUCAGUUCUUUGGCAGAGGGAUUCUACCUGGAUCCCCUCCUGUCCAAACUCUCUCCUCCCUCCAUGUCCCCCUCCUCCUCCCCUCCCUCCCCCUUCCUGUCUCCCCCCACAGACACCAUAGAUGUAGAUUCAGUCCAUAUGCUCAGGGAGUUUUAUCCCAUCAAAGCAUGGAGAGGUCUGGACAUUCCAAUCUUCCUCGAUGAUGAUGCCUCUCUGUUUGAAGAGAGCGUCUUAGAAACCAUCCUCCAAGACGACUUUGCUCCUCCUCAGCCCAUCAGCCUCCCCUCCCCCUGCCCCUCCAUCUCCCCCUCCAACUCCCCACCACCCAAUCCCUCAAGCCCGACCUCUCCUCAGACCCCUGUGUGCUGGCACCAACCCUCCCCGUUUGAGGGAGUGGGCCACUUCUGUAGCGUCCAAUCGGCGCGUUGUAACUCCAUGGCCGGGUGCGGGGCGACCGUGGCUGCUGAGGCCGGGGCCAUGGUGGAAGGGGAGGGGCUAGCGGAGGAAGCCAUGGAGAUUGAGGUGGUGUCAUCUCCUGUGUCCUCCUGCUCCUCCAUCCCGGCUUCCCCUCCCCUCAUCCUAACCGCCUCCCCCGGCCCCGCCACCUCCUCGCCCAUCGUCUCGCCCUCGCCCGCUGUGUCUUGCACUCAGUCCCUCCUGGAGGAACUGGCCGUACUGGAACCCAUGUUUGGGGCAGGUGCCUCGAUCGCCCCUGGCUUAGGGCAACAACCUGAGUUGUAUCAACUCCAAUGUCAUCCAUCGCCACAGUGCUUCCAUAAAGAUGGGAGUGGAAGUGUUCCUCCGUUCUAAAAUAAGUCUGUGACUUACUUCAUUAAGUAUGGCAUAUUGUCAUAUUUUGUGGAGCCCCUUUUACUGCAAAGUAAAAAAUAAUUAAGUG